ACGCUGAAGGAGUUAGCUGACAUUUGAUUCAGAAUUCGCUUGAAAUUGAACACCCUUGAUGGAAAACUUGCUUAUUAAUUAAGUCUAUCGAAGAUAUUGGUUUGUAGAGUUUACUUCCGUGGCCGGGUUGUCUAGGGAGCUACUGUGGUCUGAAGAGGGACAAGCCAUGAACCAUUGACCGGUCAUUGGGUGGCCAAGACUCACUGAUGCCAUAGGUUUAUCACACGAGGAGUCAGUAUGAGUUCUCGGCAGUGUAAGAACUGUGGAGGGGCGGAUAUAGACAUUGACCAGGCGCGUGGCAGUGCUGUCUGCACGGCCUGCGGCUCUGUGCUUGAGGACAACAUCAUCGUGUCUGAGGUGCAAUUUGUGGAGAACAGUGGAGGAGGAGCGUCCGCUAUUGGCCAGUUUGUUUCUGCAGAUGGUCUCGCAAAAGCCCCUGUUCUGGGAAGUGGAUUUCACACAGGCCUUGGAAAGGAGUCCCGGGCUCAAACGCUGCAGAAUGGGAAACGACAAAUACACAGCCUGGGUAGCCAGCUGCAGCUGAACCAGCACUGCCUCGACACGGCCUUCAAUUUCUUUAAGAUGGUGGUGAGCAAGCAUCUGACCAGAGGCCGCAAGAUGGCUCACGUGAUAGCAGCCUGCCUCUACUUGGUGUGUCGGACAGAAGGCACGCCUCACAUGCUUCUGGACCUGAGUGAUCUCUUACAGGUGAACGUGUAUAUCUUGGGAAAGACGUUCCUGCUGUUGGCCCGAGAGCUCUGCAUCAACGCUCCUGCUGUUGACCCAUGUCUGUAUAUUCCACGCUUUGCUCACAUGUUGGAGUUUGGAGAAAAGACCCAUGAAGUGUCCAUGACCGCACUGAGGCUACUGCAGAGGAUGAAACGAGACUGGAUGCACACAGGACGGAGACCAUCUGGACUCUGUGGUGCAGCUUUGUUGGUGGCGGCCCGCAUGCACGACUUUCGGCGCACGGUGAAGGAAGUCAUUCGUGUGGUGAAGGUGUGUGAGGCCACUCUCAGGAAAAGACUGACAGAAUUCGAGGACACACCCACCAGUCAGUUGACAAUCGACGAGUUCAUGCGAGUGGAUCUGGAAAAGGAAUGUGAUCCCCCUUCAUUCAUCGCCGGCCAGAAGAAGUUAAAGAUCCAGCGGCUGGAACAAGAGCUGGUCAAAAAGCUGGAUAAAUAUGAAGGUGAGAUCAGCUCAUAUCGGGAUGAGAUUGAGACAGAGCUGGAGAACAGCAGGCCUAAACUGAGAGGAGUUUACUUCAUGUAUGCCAAAGAAGAUGCACAGGAUGGCCGUCUGUCUUUGAUGUCAGAGCUCAGUAGUAAUGAGGAACUGGAGGAUGAGGAGAUGGAGGUUGCAGCUCAGCAUCUUAGUCAAGACUUCAUCAACGAGGUCCUUCCUGAAGUGGAGCUGGGCCCACAGGGGGGCACAGAGGCACAGGAGUGCGGUAAAGAAGCAGCUGAGCUGCCAAGGGUUUCCACCCGUGUGCCCUUGAGUACUCUUCUUGGUCCAAUGCCUAGCGCUGCCAGCCUCGGCAUCACAGAUUCUAUUAACCACUGCAUGACAGAGGAAAAGGAGGAUGAGGAAGCCUCAGACAAUGGUGAGCUUGAUCUGGAAGGCAUAGAUGAGGAUGAGAUUGAAAAGUACAUCCUGAAUGAGAAGGAGGUGGAGGUGAAGACAGAACUGUGGAUGAAGCAGAAUGAGGAGUAUCUGAGGGAACAAAAAGAGAAAGAGGAGAGGAUAGCUAAAGAGAAGGAAGAGGGCACCUAUAAAGAAAAGCCUAAAAAGUCGUCCAAAAGACGUGAGCCGAUCCAAGCCAACAGUGCAGGAGAAGCCAUCGAGAAAAUGCUGGAACAGAAAAAGAUUUCCAGCAAAAUCAAUUAUGACGUGCUGCGUGACCUCAAAAGUAAAGACGCCAGCAGCAGCUGUAGCAGCCCGGCUCAUCCGACUGAGGAAGUGUCAGGUGUCGGCCCAGGACGUAAAAAGCUCACCCGCCGCAAGAAGCAGCCCAACCAGAGCAAUCUCGGCUUAGCCAAGCCUGCCAAACUCAUGGGAAAAAGGCUCCGCCCUCUUAUAUCAUCAGGUCCUAAGAAGAAGAGGACAGCUGUACAGGUUAUACCCAGUCCAGUGAUGCCACCUCCAGUGAUCCCGGUGAUCCCUCCUCCCCCUACACCGCCUCCUGUUGUAGAGAGCGGUCCUGUGGCGUAUGAGGAGCCAGCUGAGGAAGAGGAGGAGGAGGAGGUGGAGGAGCCUUGUGUCAGUGCCAUGAAGCUUAUGGGAGAGAACGAAUAUGGGUGUGAAGCAGAAGAGGAAGAGGUUUUUUAGCAUGCAGGAUUUGCUUUCAUCAUCCCUCGAGAAGGCUGUUUCUCUCCUCAUGCAGAGACAGGAGGAAGAACCAAAUGUAGAUGUGUGCUAUUAUCGUUAUCA